AUGGAAUACAGAGAGAGUUUUACAAAAGCAAUGAGUGAGAAGGCCAAGAUUUAUUUGGUAGGAUCCAAUUUGGAAGACGGUGAUGGUGAUGAUGCAUCAUCGGUGGUCCCUGUACUGUAUGAUGUCGACGAUAUUGCCAAGAUAAGAGAACAUGGCGUGGCUGGUGUUUUAAUUGGUACCUUGGGAGGUGCUCCGCAGCAGAACGUGUUCCUUGGAGUCCCGCUUCGAUUGAUGAUGGAAGAGGCCUUGUGGCUUGUUGAAGUUGGACAUGCAGUGUUUAGGCAUGUAAUGGGCCAAGACUUGAUAAAGUCUCUAAAGGGUUUAGAUGGCGAAAAGUUACAAAAAUUCAAAGACGACAGAGCAAACGAUGUAGCGCAACAGUUAGAAUGGAAACGGGCUAAUUUCUUGCGGAAAAUGAAGACCCUUCGAGGCGCAAGCGAUGUUGCAGUACCGAGUGACGUAAUUAACGAAAGGGAUGAACAAUUGAUGAAACAGUCUAUCUUCAUCGAGACCAAGGAUACUUCAGCUGUCAUUGAACCAAGCCUCAACGAUCAAACAAUAGAUCAACGAAAGAUAUGCGAACAAAUCUUGAGACAAAACGAGAAAUUGAGGCUAAACUAUAAGGUUUACAAAAAAUUGAGAGAAAUGGGGUAUUUCAUGUCACCAGGAGCCAGGUUCGGCGGACGAUACGUUGCGUACCCGGGGGACCCUCUCCGAUACCAUUCGCACCUUACUGUGCAGGAUGCAAGAAGCAAAGAUGAAGAGAUAGAUUUGUUGAACAUGAUUAACGGUGCACGUUUGGGAACGAGCGUCAAGAAAACGUGGGUACUGCCCGGUAUAAAUGAAAAUGGGGAUGCUGAAUUUUACUCUGUAGAAUGGGCAGGGUUUGGCUGA